UCUUGAUGCCUGCUAGGGGAUAAUAUGCCUAUAAAACAUCCUCGUUUCCACUUGGAGGUGACCUCCCUUUCUAACGCUCUUAGAAUCAGAAGCCAAAACGGCGACGUUGCAGAAAAAAGAGAAAGGAAAACAAAAUACUAGUAAAACCAAAUGCGACCACCGCCACCAGCAACCGCUCAACACCUCAUCCACAUGCCCCCACCGUUUUCUUCCGGGGAACCACAAAUGUCUUCCACUUCAACAUCAACGUGUGAACCCCACACUUGCAGGUGGCGGCCUUACUCCAACUCAAAGGACUUUGAAGCUAACGUAGCCAUGGUCUUAAUGAUUCUCUUCUGUGCCCUAACAUGCUCUCUGGCUCUUAAUGCAGUCAUCCGCUGCUUCUUACGUGGCCGUGGUGGGGGCAGUCCACGUCAUUCCCGCAACAACGACAACCUUCCCCAAACCCAUCAAGAACUUGAGCAGAGAAAGCCCGACCCAGAGACAGCUGCAGCACGCAUGGUGGCAUCUCCUACUCUGGUUUACUCAACCGGGGUGGAGCUGGCCGGAGAAGAGGCGGAAUGUGCUAUUUGCUUGUCUGAAUUCGUGGAGGGAGAGGGAAUUCAAGUGUUGGCAAAGUGUAAGCAUGGAUUCCAUGUGCAAUGUAUCCAGCAGUGGUUAUCUUCCCAUUCCUCUUGUCCCACUUGCCGUUGUAGUUGUCUCUCUCCGUCUCCAUCCUCGGAAGAAACUACCCACUAAUGCGUUGACAACAGUUCCCAACCAGUGAAGCCCGAGCGGGAACCGUAGCAGACUUUGGCUGCUCUUCUUCAAAGCUUAUGUAUGUAAACUGGCUUGUACAUUUUUUUUCAACGAGUAUA